AUUGCGCAUGCGCGUUCAAACCGUGGGGAAAAAUGGCGGCACUGUUGCUGCAAGAGUUGGAUAGUUCCGAGCUAUCAAAGCUAUCAAAAGGGACUCUCAACAAACUGGAUAAGCUUCUCUCAGACCAACAAUACGAAAUCAACACAUUGAAAGCUCAACGGGAGCAAUUCAAGGUUGACAACGAGCAACAUUUCUUUGAAAAGGUGAAACAGCUUGAUCAGUGUCAGGAGGAUUUUUUAAACCAGACUCAAGAGCACAGGAGACUUAAAGAAGAGUUGGCCAAAAUCGGGGAUGAACUCAAAAGUGUUACGGAGAAAAACCAGGAAUAUGAAAACGCUCGGGAGAAGUUUUCAUCAGAACAGGCUACCAUGUCAAAAGCCAUAGAAGAACUGGAAAAACAAAAACUCGAACUCGUGCGGACACUUGAGAGGAGAGCCCAGGAAGUGGAGCAUUUAAAUGAUGACUUGAGGCAGCUGAAUGAUAAGUUGGUGGAGGUCAGUGCCUUCAAAAUGUCUCUGCAGCUGAGAGUAGAUGAGCUUGAGGCAGCUGAAGUCAACAUCAAAUACAAAGAGAAACGUAUGGAACAAGAGAAAGAGCUGCUGAAUGGACAAACCUCUUGGCUGAACAAGGAGUUGAAGGCCAAAAGUGAAGAACUCUUGAACCUGUCCCGACAGAAGGGUAAUGAGAUUCUGGAGCUGAAAUGCAGCCUGGAGAACAAAAAGGAUGAGUUAAACAGAGUCCAGGAACAAGUGGCCAGUUUUAAGACAUUAAAUGAAAACCAUCAAAAACACAAUGAGGACCUGAUCCAGAAACUAAAAGAAGCCAAGGAGCAGCAAUCCAGCAUGGAAGAAAAAUUCCGAAAUGAGCUGAAUGCCAACAUUAAACUUUCCAAUUUAUACAAGGGAGCGGCAGCUGAUUCUGAGGCGAAAAGUGAAGAGCUCAGCCAAGCAGUGGACGAGUUGCAUAAACUGCUGCAAGAUGCAGGGAUAGCCAACAAAGCUCUUGAAGAGGAUUUGAAAUCAACCAAAGCUGAUUCAGACAAGACCUUUGGAGAGCUAAAGAAGCGCAUCCAAGUGCUUGAGAAGGAAUUAGACAAUGCCAAUGAUCUCCUUUCUAACUCUAAACUUAGAGCUGGUACAUCAUCUGUGCUCACAGAGGAGCAAAUGACAACAGUGUCUCCUACAGCAACUGCCGUGGCAAAAAUCAAACCUGGAAUGAAGCUGACCGAGUUGUAUAGUGCAUAUGUCGAGAGCCAGGAGCAGCUGCAGUUGGAGCGCCUGGAGAAUAAGCGGGUCAACAAGUAUCUGGAUGACAUUGUGCAAGAGGUGGAGGCAAAGGCCCCCAUUUUAAAAAGGCAGAGGGACGAGCACGAGCGCAUGCAGAAAUCGGUGGCGAGUCUUUCAGCCAAGCUGGAACAGGCUGUAAAGGAGGUGCACCGCCUGCAGAAUGAAGCAGAUGAAGCCAACAAGCGCUCCACUGUCUUAGAAAGGGACAAUCGAAGGUGUGACCUCCAGCUUGCAGACCUGGCGCAGCAGGUUCGUGUGCUCCUUAUUGAGCUCGAGGAGGCCCGGGGAAACCAUGUGGUUCUUGAUGAGGAGUUGAGCUCAGUGGAUGUCAGCAGCACCUCAGAAGUGAUCAGUCAACACCUGGUGACUUUCCGAAGUGUGGAUGAGUUACAGAAGCAGAAUCAGCGUUUACUGGUGGCCCUCAGGGAUCUCAGUGAGGCCCAAGAGAAAGAAGAGUUGGAAGAGUCUGGCAAUAAGCGCAUUGAAGUGGAGAAGAGUUUGGAGAACACGCUGGUUGAGGUGGAGUCUCUGAGGGAGCAACGCAGCCAGCAGAUAAAGAUGACUGAGUCCAUCAUGAAGCAGAGGGACAUGUACCGGGUGCUGUUUGCCCAAGCUACUGGAGUCAGAUUCCCUCAGCAAGGUAAAUCAGCUGAGGAGUUCACCCUCACGUCCACGCCUCGCCGUUCACCUGCAUCCACUCCUACCACGGGGACACCCGCUGCACUUGUUUCCAUGGCAACCGAUUCCGCUGAAGCGUUGGAGGCCAAGGCAGCCUUGAGACAGCUGCAGGAGGUGUUUUCUUCCUAUAAGAAAGAGCGAGUAGAGAGCGACAAGGCACUGACCAAGCAAAACGACAAACUUCUGGAGCAGCUAUCAGACCUCCGCUCCCAGAAUGCCAAGACAGCAACACAGCUGGAGUUCGCUUCCAAGAGGUAUGAGAUGCUACAGGACAAUGUUGAGGGCUACAGGAAAGAGAUUGCCUCCCUCCGAGAGAAAGAGCAAAAGAUGACCAGUGCGACACAGAAGCAUGAGCAAACCAUCCAUACAUUAACUGAGGAUCUACGAGCUGCUCAGGAAAAGCUUUCAAUGGCAGAGGGUCUUUCUGAGGGUCUGCGUAAAGAGAGAGACAUGCUUAAGCUGGUUGAGACUAGGUUGAAUGAAGAAAAAGAGAAAAUCCAGAGCCAGCACCAAAGCCAAAAAAUGGUGCUGACCAAUCUUCAGGCUAUUCAGGCCACGCUUGAGCGCUCAGAUACUGACACACGUCAGCGUCUCAACAGUCAGAUUGAGAAGCAGGAACAAGAGAUUUCACAGCUCCAGAAGAGGUUGGAACAGGAGGUGGAACAGCGGCAUUUGCUGAGCAGAAACCAGGAAAUUCAGGUAAUAGAAGCAAAGCGGCAACUGGAGACCCAGGUGGCGCUACACCAGAGGACAAAAGAUAUGUUGAAUGCUGCAGAAGUAGAGCUUAACUCCCUCAGAGUGCAACAGGGUUGCAGUGAACCACGUCACAUCUUGGGCUCCCCCUCCACGCCCGUAACUAGAGUUUCAAGUCAAGAGCGUGAAGAUCUUCAGAGUCGCUUGCUACAGGCUGAAACAAGGGCAGAGAAUCUGGCAGAGAGCGUUAGGACAACCACUUCCAGCAUGGAGCAGUACAGAGCCAUGGCUCAGAGUCUGGAGGACUCUCUGGAGAAAGAAAAACAGGUAACCGAGCAGGCCCGUGCAUCCAUUGAACUUCGUAUGAAGGAGGCCGAGGCGCUGCACUGCAGGCUUGAGGAGAAGCUCUUGGAUGCAGAAAAAGAAAAACUGAAUAUCGUAGAGCAAAACAUGAAGACCGUAGCCUCUUUAAAUGAGCAGAUGGAGGGUCUUAGAAGGAAUCUAAACAGUACCCAGGCGGAACAUCAGGUAGCACUGCAGCGUUUAUCCGCUGCUGAAGCCCAGCAGCAACAAGCUUUACAUGACUGCCAAGAGCAGGCUAAACUAACGGCCGAAGCUCAAGAGAAGUAUGAGCAAGAGAUGAUACUGCACGCAGCAGAUGUGAAGGCUCUCCAGGAUGCUAAGACUCAAGUCCUGCAGGCCUCUGAGCUUAGACAUCAACUGGAGGAAAGAUUCCAACGAGUUAAUGCUGAGCUAAUAGAGGCUAGGAUCUCCUGGGGGGAGCAGGAAAAGAUCCUCAAGGAGGAGAUGUCCAAGAUAGAGAGCAGGUAUGAAGAGUUGCAGAAGCAGAACACCCUCCUGCACGAGCAAAUCCAGGCGAUGAGUAGCAAGAUGGCUGAAAAUUUGCAUCGGGGUGCAAAUGUCAGUCCUCUGAACAUCUCCCUGUCUGAAGAAGGCAAAUCUCAAGACCAAGUCCUUGAGAUUCUCAGGUUUGUGCGUCGUGAAAAAGAGAUUGCAGAAUCGCGUUAUGAGUUUGCACAAGGGGAGAGUUUGCGUUACCGUGUAAGGGUUGCACACUUGGAGCAAGAAGUAAAAGAACUGCAGGACAGCUUAAGUGCUGCUCAAGAAAAGAUGCAGGUGACUGCAAAGACCUUGGCCCAGCAUGAUGAGCUGAUGAAAAAAACAGAAACUAUGAGCAUCCUAAUGGAGACAAACAAGAUGCUUCGAGAGGAAAAAGAAAAAUUGGAGCAGGAACUGCAGCAAAUCCAAGCUAAGGUCCAAAAAUUGGAGUUAGAUGUUUUGCCACUGCGAAGGGCAAACACUGAGCUAAGUGAGAAAAGUGGCAUGCUGCAAAUGGAAAAAAAAUUAUUGGACGAGGAGAUCAAGCGCUGGAAGGCUCGGUCACAGUAUUUGGUUAACCAGCAGAAAGAUUCAGAACCGGAGAAGCGUCUACAUUCUGAGGAGGCACACCUUAAACGUAUCCAGCAGCUCACUGAAGAGAACAGCAAGAUCAAAGCAGAGGUUACUAGGGCCAGCAAUCUCACAACGUCUCAGCAAAGCCAAAUUCAAAACCUGCUUGACGGUUUAAAUAAGUUAACUGAUGAGAGAAAUUUGCUGAAAGAGGAUAUAGCAAAAAAGACUGUAGAAAUCCAGGAGAAGAUAAAGAAUUGUACCCAAGUCAGGAAGAUUGCGCGCCGCUACAGGACACAAUAUGAAGAGCUCAAAGUACAACAUGACAGGGUGGUAGCUGAGGCUGCGGGCCCAUCCAAAGAAGAAGAGACUCGUCAAGCAUCAGUUCAGGAACUGCAAGGCCUUAGAGACUCUCUGAGCCAAGCUGACACCAGGAUUAAAGACCUGGAGGGACAACUAGAGAACAUCAAUCGGGUGGUUGCAGAGCGUGAAACAGAGGUGCACAAUGUACAGGAACAGUCAUCCAGGCUGCAGACAGAGCUGAACAGACUGAGGCAAGAGCUGCAGGACAAAUCUUCUCAGGAGGACACCCUGAGAAAGCAGAUGACCGACAAAGAGGAGAAGACCAAGAAGGCUUUAGUUCUUGCCAAACAAAAGAUCAGCCAGAUCACAAACACCAAAGACGAGAUCCAGCGGGAAAAUGAGGAGCUAAAGCAGCAACGUGAGGAGUUAGAGGUGCGAGUAAGCGCUAUAAAGUCUCAGUACGAGGGACGCUUUAACCGACAGGAGCGAGAACUGAGAGAACUGCGAGGUCAGCAAGAGAGACAAGAGCAAAGAGAUGAACCCGCUGAAGCGGGUCCAAGCAAAACUCAGGAGCAGCAAAGGAGCACGGAACAGAGACAAAUCAGUCUCAAGUCAACCCCCGCUACAGAGAGGGGCAGUGCCAGCACCUCUGAGCCUCCAACUGCUAACAUAAAGCCAACACCUGUAGUAGCCACAGCCGGCAAGCAAGCUGUUAACCCAGGCAACAAACCCACUCCAAGGGCAAGCAUCAGGCCCAUGAUCACACCUGCCACUGUGCCCACCCCAACCCCCACAGCUACUGUCAUGCCCACCACACAAGCUGAGACACAGGAGGCCAUGCAGACCACAGAGGGUCCACCCGUGGAGCAUGUGACCGUGUAUGGAAGUGCCAGUGGUUCUGUGCGCUCAGCAAGCCCCAACAUCCAGACCACUUUAGCGAGCUCCAUGUUGACUGUGCAGCAAACCCAGACCACAGCCUUUGUCCAGCCAACCCAACAGCAAAGCGUCACCCACGCAGAGCCGGUCAAUCAGGAGCCGCCGCCUGUGUUAAUUGAAGCAACGCCGAGCUUGCAGGUGGAAUGGCCUUCAACAUCUUCCGCUUCUGCUGUAUUUGGGACUGUUUCAGCCACACCAGGAUCUUCCUCGUUGUCCAAAAGACCCCGUGAAGAGGAGGAAAGUAGCAGCACUGUGGUCACAGACACAGAGGCCCUUCAGGAGGACACAUCCAGGGCUCCCGUGCCAAAGAAGCUACGCAUCAUUCAAAGAGUGGGUCUAGAGGAGGAGAUGAUGGUUGAUGACAGUGCUGAGGCUGAGGGGGUGGUGCCAACAGACAGUCAAGACGGUGCAGAAACCAGUCAGACAGAAGAACUUGCAGCGCUGGAUGAAGAAGACGAGAUGGCAGCCUCGCAGUCUACCUCCAUGUACCAAGACGUUGCGUUGACACAAAGUGAAACUCCUGAGCAGCAGCUGGAAGUAAUCGUCAUAGUCACCGACACUGAGAGUGAGGAAAACCCAGAAGAGGGAGCUGAAGAGGAUGACGAGCAGGACUACGAUGAAGGAGAUGAGGAGGAGGACGAUGAUGAAGAGGAGGAAGAGGAGGAGGAAGAAGAUGAUGACGGGGGUAUGGGAGAAGGAGAGGAAAGUAACGAAGGGAGUGGAGAAGGCAACGAGGCCUACGAAGGAGAUGACAUAGAGGGAGCUGAUGUAACCGACCCAGGGACAGAGACUGAGGAGAGUUUGGGGGCGUCUGACUCCACCCAGAGACCAGCAGAUUCCCAGACGGCAAGCUUUGAGAGCACCACUAUGGAGGCAUUCUGUACAGAACAGCCCAUCACAAGCUCUGGUAUACGUAUGCCACAGUCACCGAGGAGAACAACAUAUUCAUUGCCCCCUCGUCCAUCAUCAGAUCUAGGACCACCCACUCAGAUGUCUCAGCGCAUCCCUGCUCGUCGCCAGUCAGUAGGCAGGGUACCCCAACUCUGCUCCGGGCUCCCCAGUAGUGCUCAUCUAUUCGACGACAACGACCGUAUGGUUCCCAACACUCCCACAUUGGUUGUGCCGCACCGCGCUGAUGGUUUUGACCAGGCCGUACAUUCUCCUCAAAUGGCUACAAGCCGAAGCUUCCGUUUUGGCCAAUCAGACGACGUGCCACAGACCAGCUCAGAUCUAGGCCAGCUCGCAUCUCAAGGAGGCCUGGGGAUGUUUGAAAGCCCUUUGUUCCUAGCGUCUCAUGAAGAGGAAUCUGGCGGACGCAGCGUUCCCACCACACUGCUGCAAUUGGCAGCCCCAGUCUUCUCCGAAGUGGUUCCGUCAGACGCUUUGGAGCCGGCCUCUCAGUCUGUUCCCAUGGUGAGCACGUCCACUCCUGGCCUGGUUGUGCCAGGCAUGGCCGGUACAAGUGAGGAUAGGAAUGAGGUCUUCCUUGAGUCAGACCCUGAUAACUCCAGGCCAAGUGCUGAAAGUUCAGUGGAUGCUGUGGUCUCUCAGGAUGAUUUGGUGGAGCCGAGUCAGCCUUCUGAUACGACCAACCUGCCUUCGACAAGCCAGGAGCCUUCUUCUAGCUCUGCAGACACAAGCAGUGCUCCAACCAGACCUGGACACAGCAGACAGCUGCAGCGUUGGCCAGGUAGUCGUGGUGGGCGCGUCAGGAGAGGAGGUCAAGCAUUUCCUUCCCGGGGAGUCCAUGGCAGACGCAUCGCCAGAUGAAGCUUUGAUGAGACAGAACUUCUGUCAUUCCUGGGUACCCCUUUCUCUAGUCAUUUGUUUGUAUCAAUCAUCCAAAUACAAAGGAGAUGUGAUCAAAGUCCAUGUUGAAGUGUUGUGUUAUGAUAAAAAUGUUAUUAAAAGUUUUUCAGAAA